AUGGCAGCAGCAUUCAACAUCGUGCGCCAGAGCUUAUUCGCCGGCAGCCCAAAAUACACAGAAAAUGAUCUACCCGACCUCAAAGGCAAAGUAAUUGCCAUCACAGGCUCAAACACCGGCGUCGGCAAAGAGAUCGCCAAAAUGGUCUACAGCAAAAACGCAAAAGUCUACAUGUUCGCACGAACAACUACGAAAAACGAAAAGGCUCGCGACGAGAUCAAAGCUGCCUUUCCAGAGUCACACGGCGAAUUAAUCUGUAUACAACUUGACCUUGCAGACCUUGAUAGUGUUCAAGCAGCAGCUGCGGAAUUCACCAAAAGGGAAGAUAAGCUCCAUGUUCUUUUUAAUAAUGCAGGCGUUGGAUUCCCUGAGUAUGGAUCCAAGACAAAACAAGGCUACGAGCUUCAGCUGGGAACCAAUUGUCUUGGUAGUUUUGCUCUGACGCAGAAGUUGACGCCUGUAUUGAUCGAGACGGCGAAGACAUCUCCACCAGGAAGCGUUCGCGUGGUUUGGGCAUCAUCAACAGCUGCGUUUUGGACGUCCACGAAGAAAUACAUCGACCGAGUCAAAGGGAUCGAAAAGCAGAGUCUGUUUCAGCAAUAUGCCAUUAGCAAGCUUGGGAAUUACUACCACGCCACGGAAUAUGCUGCACGCCAUAAAAACGACGGUAUUAUUUCUGUGCCGCUUAACCCGGGCAAUCUCGACUCAGAGCUUUGGCGUACGCAGGGGAAAUUCCUGACUUGGAUCCUCAGAAAAACUGUUUUUUAUCCAUCGCACUAUGGUGGGUAUGUUAAUAUCUUUGCUGGGUUCUCUCCUGAUGUGACACUGGAGACUACGGGUAGAUUCAUUUCGCCAUGGGGAAGGCUGUGGCAUGCACUUCCGGCCAUGGUGAAGGGAUCAAAGACGGAGGCUGAGGGAGGAACGGGCCAUGCGAAACGGUUCUGGGAAUGGACAGAGGAACAGGUUUCACGAUAUGGGUCUGCUACUGGCGUUAAAGAGCCUCUUGAGUAG